AUGGAAUCGAACUGGCUGACUGCACGCAAUAAGCACACAUACGAAAAUGGACGCCGCUAUUAUGGCUUCAAGAGCGAAUUCCCCUUUCCAGACGACGAAAACGCUACCACAGCACACGCGAUGAUCAGCACCAUCUGGCAUCUUCUUCUAGACGGCAGAACCUUUAUUGCCCCCCUAGAUCCGGUCAAGAAAAGCCAUAAGUUUCUCGAGUUCGCUACCCGUAGCGGCUCCUAG